AAACUCGUUAUGAAACAGUUGUUGACGUUCAAAGCACCUUGUUCGCGUAACAAUUUUCACACGGGACCGUAGUGUUUUUCUGCGAGUGAAAAAGAUAAUUUUCCCGGCCAUUUUCUACCUACAAAAUGUCGUUCGCCCUGCGUAGCGCUCGUUUGGCCACUCUGGCCCGUCCCUCCAUCCGCAUGGUGCAGUCGCGCGGCUAUGCCGACGAGAUGGCCUUCACACUGGCGGCGGCGAACAAGGUGUUCUACGACAGUGCCAACAUCCGGCAGGUCGAUGUACCGUCGUUCAGCGGUGCGUUCGGUAUUCUGCCGAAGCACGUCCCAACUCUGGCCGUCCUGAAGCCGGGCGUUGUCACCGUGUACGAGAACGAGGGUGCCGUGAAGAAGAUUUUCGUCUCCAGCGGUACCGUCACGGUGAACGAGGAUGCUUCGGUGCAGGUGCUGGCAGAAGAGGCACACCCGGUGGAAGAUCUCGAUUCGUCUGCCUGCCGCGAGCUUCUGUCGAACGCCCAGAGCCAGCUGUCCUCUGCGUCGGGUGAUACGGAUCGUGCCGAAGCUGCCAUUGCCGUGGAAGUCGCAGAAGCGCUUGUGAAGGCUUCCGAAUAAGCUGCCUGAUAUUUCCCACAACAAAAACACACACUGCUCUGGUCCUGAUUG